GGGGUGAGCUGGGAGUUAGCACCAGUUCCUCCUCUGCUUCCAUAAGAAGGACUCCCACCCGGUUCCACGUUCAGCUGGAAACAUGUCCCAGUGAAGUCCAUCAGCCCAUCUGCACGGUCUGUCCACAUCUGCUCAGCCAGGAGGACCUUACCUGCCCACCUCGUUGAGCGAGCAGCCAGAUGGGCUUUCAGUGCACCUCAUCCAGAGUAGGGACGAGGUGCUGCUCGCUAGCUCUGGCAGGAGACACUCACCUCUUCUCCCUGGCCCCAUGGUACGAAGCAUGGGCUCGUUUUGCUCAUCACCACCUGCAGAAGCUCAGUGUUUAUCUAACCCCCACUAGUGCCACCCUCUCAGAGCCGCCACACAGCAUUUCCCCUGUUAACACCCCCAGAAAGCAUCCUUUAAUGCAGUGGUGAGAUUAAACCAGGGGAGGUAUCGGGGUUUCUGGUUUGAAGCAGUCAGUUCCCUCGCUCCUGCCUCUGCUCCACAUCCGUGACUGCCGCCUUCCCCAUGCAGCUGCGAGGGACAUUAUGUGUGCAAGAGGAGUCGGGGCUGCCUGCCCAGCACGCUGCUCACAUCGCUGGGACCACUGCGCGCACAGCCACGGCCUCCAGGAUGCUGCACCUCAAAGUCCAGUUUCUGGAUGACUCCCAGAAGAUCUUUGUGGUUGAUCAAAAAUCCUGCGGGAAAGGUCUGUUCAACCUCACCUGCAGCCACCUCAACCUCACGGAGAAGGAGUACUUUGGGCUGGAGUUUCGCAGCCAGGCUGGGAACCAGGUCUGGUUGGAAGCACUAAAGCCCAUAACAAAGCAAAUCAAAAAUCCUAAGGAGGUUCUUUUCAAAUUUAUGGUGAAAUUUUUCCCAGUGGACCCCGGCCAUCUGAGAGAAGAGCUGACCAGGUACCUCUUCACCCUCCAGAUCAAGAAGGACCUGGCACAGGGGCGGCUGCCCUGCAGUGACAAGAGCGCGGCGCUGCUCGUGUCCCACCUGCUGCAGUCAGAGCUGGGCGACUUCCAUGAGGAGACAGACCAGGAGCAUCUGGCAUCCCACAGGUACCUGCCCAACCAGGAGUACCUGGACCACAAAAUCAUGCAUUACCACCGGAGACACAGCGGGAAGACACCGGCAGAGUCAGAUGCUCAGCUGCUGGACGUGGCCAGGAAGCUGGAGAUGUACGGGAUCCGUCCGCACCCUGCCAGCGAUGGCGAGGGGCUGCAGAUCAACCUGGCCGUGGCACACAUGGGGGUGCUGGUCCUGCGGGGCAAUACAAAGAUCAACACCUUCAACUGGUCCAAAAUUCGCAAGCUGAGCUUCAAGAGGAAGCACUUUCUGAUCAAGCUCCACGCAAACAUCUCAGCGCUGUGCAAGGACACGCUGGAGUUCACGAUGGCGAGCCGCGACGCCUGCAAGGCGUUCUGGAAGACGUGUGUGGAGUACCAUGCCUUCUUCAGGCUGUCUGAGGAGCCCAAGUCAAAGCCCAAAGCCCUUCUGUGCAGCAAGGGCUCCAGCUUCCGCUACAGUGGGAGGACGCAGCGGCAGCUCCUGGAGCACGGGAGGAAGGCAAAGAUGAAGAGCCUGCCCUUCGAGAGGAAGCACUACGCCUCCCGCUAUGACGAGAGGCAGUGCCGCUCCUCCCCGGACCUCCUGACCGAUGUCUCCAAGCAGGUGGAGGAGCUGCGCCUGGCCUAUGGCAGCCGUGGUUCCUACCAUGCCAAUGGAGCACACGCCUCUGAGCCCACGCUGGACACCAGGCGCCGCAGCUCCGCCGUGGAGGUGACGUUUGCUGCCGAGCUGGAGCGCUCCAAGCCUGAAGCGUCCCCAUCCUUCCUGCCCCACUCCAAGAGCUCGUCCGCCUUCCCCCUGCUCUACACCGAGCUGGAGCGGGCAUGGGAGCCCCCCGACCUCUUCGGUGCCAGGAACCCCCUGACAUCCUUUCGGCCCCACCAGCAGUUCGCUGGGAACAGUAAAAGCACUUCAGUGGGCAACAUGCGGGAGGUGAGCGCCCGGCCACUGGUGUACCUGGAUGUGCCAUGUCCUCCACCCAUGGCUGCCCCGGCCCCCCAGGUCCUCUUCUACAUGGACAGGGCCCCGCAGCCGCCAUGUCAUGCUCUGGCACCCAGCGAGGAUGUAGCAGGACCCAUGGCAGCAACACCCCCCAGGGAAAGCCCGAGCGGGCCCCAGGACAGGGAGCUCCAUCGCGAGGCUGCGUGCAUGGGGAGAACAGGGCAGAGCAGGUCGCUGGCUCACUCCUUCGAUUACGGCCUUCAGGAGCAGCCCCCCAAGCGGUCCUGGAGCCAGUCGGACAUGAAAACCAUCCGCUUCCCCUUUGGCUCUGAGUUCCGGCCGCUGGGGCCAUGCCCUGCGCUGAGCAGCAGGAAAGGGGGAGCCUUGUGGCACGUGCCUGCGCCGCGGGGGCCGGUGCUGGGGCCACGGCGCUCCACCGAGCGGUACCUGGGCAGCAGCACCGAGUCCAGCGACUCUGACCCCGACCUCCUGCCCGCCGAGCACUGCUCCCUGUACGGCCGCGUGCUGCGGGCACCCAUGGCCCGCAUGAGGCUGAGCUCCGGCAGCCUGCAGCUGGAGGAAGAGGAUGAGGAGGUGUCCUUCGCCACCCGUGCUGCGGAGGACAGGACGUGCAGGUCCAAGUACUUCACCUAGGUGCCUGGCACUGACCUAGGGCCACAAAAGGGUGACACUCCUGCUUGUGUGGUUGGUUGUCAACAGUGAUGGGUUGUCUUGUGAGAGUGGGUGUAGCUGUAGAGGAUGCGGUAAUGGACAGCAGGGGAGUGUUCAGAAGUACUCAACCCCUACACCCCAGAGUGCAGCAGAGGGGGAGAAUCCCCCCCCGACCUGCUGCUCAUGCUGUGGGCUCUGCGGCCCAGC